GUGAGGCUUCUCAUAGGAAUCACACACACACACAGCAAUCAUGUCCAGUGAUAAGUCCAAGAAUUCUUCCCAGACCGACGGAAAGGCUGCUCAGAGCAAGAAGUCUGAGAUGGGAAUGAUGUCCUACAAGAUGUACGUGUUCGACCAGGAGAACUUCCAGGGUCGCAUGAUCGAGAUCAGCAACGAGUGCAUGAAUGUGUGUGAGAUGGGCAUGGACCGUGUGCGCUCUGUGCGCGUUGAGUGCGGACCCUUCGUGGGCUUCGAGCAGAUGAACUUCUGUGGUGAGAUGUACAUCCUGGAGAAGGGAGAGUACCCCCGUUGGGACUCCUGGAGCAACUGCCAGAAGAACGACUACCUGCUGUCCUUCAGGCCCGUCAAAAUGGACGCUGAGAAGCACAAGAUCUGCCUGUACGAGGUUGGAGAGUUCAAGGGCCGCAAGAUGGAGAUCAUGGAUGAUGACGUUCCCAGCCUGUUCUCCUACGGCUUCACCGACAGAGUUGGCAGCAUCAUUGUCAGCUGUGGAACCUGGGUGGGAUACCAGUUCCCCGGAUACCGUGGCAGCCAGUACCUACUGGAGAAGGGAGACUUCAGGCACUUCAACGAGUUCGGUGCCCGCCAUCCUCAGUUCCAGUCCGUGAGGCGUAUCCGUGACAUGCAGUGGCACCAGCAGGGCUGCUACACCAUGGCCAGCAAGUGAGGCUCAGGGAAGGAGAAAGAGAAAGAGCGGAGGAAGAGGGAAAGGGGGAGAGAUGUCUGAGGCCUUACCUCAGUACCUUAAACAGUCGAUGUGAUAAUGCAGUGAGGGGAAGGGUGAGGAUCUAGAUCUGUCCCAGUGGAAGAUGGACCACCCUCCAUCCCUCUCUGUCUACUCUUCUCUUUCUCCCCUAUGGGCUGAGCUUUGCUUUCCCCCAUUUUCUCCCUUUUUUUAGUCCCUCACUUCAUUCCCCCUCCACAGUCCUCUUAGAAGCCAGAGAGGGAACAAGACUCCCCUUGCUGUUUUACCAACUUGAUUCUCGGUUCAGGGUAUGAUGCAUCACGGGAAACUGACUCCCUAGAGCCCCCUGCCCCCGUCUUCUUGCCCCUGUGCAUUGCACACCCUCUCUGCUGUACAGAAUCCUGGCCAAGUUUUCAAUAAAAAGGAAAAUCUUGAUUUAAAAAAA